CUUUCCUCGAUUCGAGCGCUGCGCUGCUCAUUCCGAUACCGACAGUCCGCUGGAACGCUUGUUGAUAGCCGUGUGACAUUUCCGAAGAUGCCGUCCUACAAAUACGUCUAUUUCAAUGUGCGGGGUCGCGGCGAGAUUCCAAGACUUGUUUUGCACUGUGCGGGUGUCCCUUUUGAAGACAAGAGGAUUGAAUUCGACGCAUGGCCCGCGUUAAAAAAGGACACGCCAUUUGGCCAGCUCCCCGUCAUAGAGAUCGACGGAAAGGUGUUCCCCGAAAGUAUGUCCAUCUCGAGAUACCUGGCGGCCGAAAACGGUCUGGCUGGAAAGACCCCCCUUGAUCGACUGAAGGCGGAUUACAUCUCAGAACAGACUCGCUCAAUGAAGGAACCUAUUUACAAAUACUUCUUCAAUGAAGACGCAGAGAAAAAGGCUGAGUUGGAGAAAGCGUUUUUUGAGGAGACUGCACCCACAUAUUUCGGCUACUGGGACGCCGAUGUCAAGGGCAAUCCCUCUGGUAAUGGCUUUCUCGUGGGAACGGAGGUGACCAUUGCUGACCUGGCCGUGAUGGACGCUGUGGACUUUGUCCUGCAAAACGAAGCCUUCAGGGCAACAUUCGCCAGCAGAUUCCCAAACCUGGCCCGAAACUACGAGGCCGUUAAGUCCAUACCCGGCGUUAAGAAGUACAGGGACACCCGACCAGAUAACAAGAUCUAGAUGAUGACACGACGGUGUUCCUUGGAGUAUCAGUUACUUGAAGGAACACUUGGCUCGGCGUACUUUGCAGUCGCGGGCCAAUUCAGAUCCUCCAAACACCAAUCAUUUUUAUCAUUUAAAGCAGAAUGGUAUUAAAUGAGUACUGUCAUGACUGCCUCCAUUCCACGCACCUACGCUGAAAAUGGGCAAGAGACGGAUGCCUAGCCUCCUUUUCAGAGAUUUAUUUUAACUGGCUCUGCAACCUCGUUGCGAAUUUUGAUUGAUCCCUUUUCCAGUCGGCUCGGAAAAUAAAACUUGUUGCUAAACUUGACAAUUCCGUGUAUAUGUAUAAACCGUGCAUUCGAUAACAACAGGAGGGUGGUUUUGCUGGGGAAGUCGUUUGAGUGAACAGCUACUGUGCAUGCGUGGUGUCGACGACGCGCAUUGUGGAAUACACGUGAACAGGAACUGUACGUGCACAGCGUCACACACAACCGCAGUCCAAUGUUCCAUUGAAUUUGGUUCUUUCGUUUACCCUAAUUGUCCCCAACCCCUCCGAUUUCUUAUUUUAGGGUUGUUUGGCAUUAUACCUACAUUUUAAAGUGGACAGCAGAUUGUUGAACUUCGUGUCCCUUUAAAACAUUCCUGUUAACAGGCGUUGUCUCGUUGCGCAUUUUAAUUGAUCCCUUUGCCGAAGUUGGAACGGCUGUUGUUAUGUUGCAUGUUUUUUCAACGUUAUUUGGCAACAAGAUGUAUUUCAAUAAAUAGUUAGUGUUGAA